AACUAUUCUCUCUUUUACUUCUUUUUCAACCUUCUUCUCACCUUUUCCCUCCUUUUUGUUCCUUCUCUUGCUUGCACUGCCCUCUACUCUCCCCCCAUGUCUUCUUUCUCAACUCUUCCUCUCUCUGUCCCUGUCUCUCUCCCAACUUUGCCUUUAUCCAUUUAUAUUAUUUGUCUAUAUAUAUUGUAUAUAUCCUUAUACAAGACAAAAGCUUCGACAAGAUCUUUGAUGCCUCUGUAAAUUAAGAUAUAUAGUUGUUGAUCCAGUGAAGAAGAAAGAAGAAGGUGGAGGAAGAGAAGGUUUGAAGACUCUCAAGGCACAUGGGAAGCAGAGUUAUCUAUUCUUUCAUAUUUUUCCUAUUUGGUACAAGUAUUAUACAGAGGGUAGUAGUAGUUGGACAUUAUGCCAAAGUAGAGCAUGAUCUCAUUUCUGUAUCCAAUACACAAAAGGAUAUUACCACUCCCAUAACAACAGUGCCAACAAUCAUUCCGACCAAUCCAACUACAUCAACUCCAAUCGUAAACCCGAAUUCAGACCCAGAUUCUUCAUCGCCGGCGACCAUGACGCCGAUGAUAACUCCGGCAACAACAUCUAAUUCACCUUCAUCUCCUGGAGCUAGCUGGUGUAUCGCUAGCCCAAGUGCAUCACCUACUGCAUUACAGGUGGCUUUGGACUAUGCUUGUGGUUAUGGCGGCGCAAAUUGUUUGGCAAUUCAGCCUGACGGGAGUUGUUAUAAUCCCAAUAAUCUUCGCGACCAUGCUUCUUAUGCGUUCAACAACUAUUACCAGAAGAAUCCAAUACCAAGUAGCUGCAAUUUUGGAGGAACUGCCGUUACUACUAACACUGAUCCAAGUAGUGGGACAUGCCAGUAUCCAUCCACUAGCACAAGCUCAUCAGUUUUGAACACCACCAACUCAAAUGGCGCAACGGUCUAUGGAGCGGUACCUUCAAGCCCUUCUGCACCGACUGCUGCCUCUGCUGCCAAAAUUAAUAACAUGAAUUUCAUGGUGCUGACGUGUCUUGUUAUUGCGCUGCUGGCCAAACAUUUUCUCUAAUUGAUUUGUUUGAUUUUCUAUAAUUAAACAGCAAUUUCCUCAAUUGCCCUUUGCUCAGAGACUUUAAGCUUGUAGGCUUUAGCCUUAGGCUAGCUAGAAGUUGAUUACUUUACUUUGAGAGUAGAGUUAGUGUUAGUAGGCAAAAAAUACCUAGGUCUUUUUGUUAGUCUUAAAGCUUCAAUGUAAAUUUUCUCUCACAGCAGUUCAAUUUUGUAUGGGUAUGAACCGAUGAGAAUGCUAGCUUGUUUUGAGAUUUUGAGUCUGUUCA